AUGCCAAGCCCCUCAGUCGCACCCAUCGUCGCGCCUUCCACGACUUCGACGAAGAGGUGGGAGCCACCAGCAAGCAUUGCUGUCGCUCUUCCCCUUCCCUCGCGGAUAUACCCAUCGUCAUUGCCCGACGAUCAGAAGUUGUCGACUCAGGACUCGACCGAUCUUCAUAUCGAACGAGAUGAUGUGCAGUGGGAGGAUUUGCAUCCCGUUAUGGGCGCAGCGCUGAGGUCGGCAGGCUUUGAGCAAGUGGACGCAUCCGCGCUAGACAGGCUCAGCAGGGACUUUGACGCCUUCUUCACCACGAUUUGCGCGUAUUCAGUACUUCAAGCGCGGACCAGGCGUGUGCAGAUUCACGAUGUUGCUUCCACCUUCGAAAGUCUCGGUGACGCUUUCAGCAUGCAAGCCCUCAAAGACUUUGCGCAUGGUCCGACCCCGUUGCCGAAUGUCGACGAGAUGACUCGCGCUGCUGAUGAGCAACGAGGCGAGACGACCAGGCAUGAGCGGAACCUUCAGCACUUUGCUGCCUCCGCCGCUGCGCGAGAAGCCGAGCGCGAGCAGAGAGCUCAGCAGGCUGGCAACACUCCAGCAUGGGCGAUGCUCGGAAGCGGAUUCUUGGGGUCCAGUGAGCGGCGCGAGUCAGAAUUGGAAGUCCUGCACGUCAGCAGCAGCGAAGAUGGCGCGUCGGACGAGGAGGCCAAUGCUCGCUCAAGGUCUGGCAAGAGGAGGCGCUUCGCCCAUCAAGUGCCGGCACGCGCUACUUGUCAACGUGACAAGAUAGUGCCGACGUCCGCCGAUGAUAAUCCUGAGCAUGUUUUUGGGGUACCAGCCAGGCUUGCGGAUGACGUCCAGUGCGAAGAGAUACCUGCUUGGCUGCCCGCGUUCCCAGAUGGCCACACGUGGAAGCGAACACCGGUGUUCCCACAAUCUACUUCCACGUCACUCAGACCGCUAGAGCUUGUUGAGCUCAAACUUGAGCACUCGAGACUCACGCAAGAGGCGCUGGCUCGGUUGAUCAGAAGUACAGAUGCGGCGAGUUCGGGCUCGAAAUUGCGGGCUCGAGCGGUAUCGAAGUCUCGCUCCGAUGCAUCUUCCUGGGCUCCUUAUGCAAAAUCUAUGGAGGUAGCACCCGCCUCACCACGCAAGGUUGAAGAGCACUAUGGGACGCGCAGCCGCACCAGGACGAACACACAGCCGGCUGCUCAGGCGGACAGCCCGCUUAGCUCACCGCCACCGUCUCAGCUUACAUCCGGUGACAAUGCACUCGCAUCGUCAGACGCCGCAGAUGUCUCGACGCCAAACGAGCCGCGCAAGCGCGCAAAGCUGGCUCUUCGUCUUCGGGUAGGCAGCAAUCGGUCGAGCAAUGCGAGCGAGGUGUUUGACGGCGCCUCAUUCCCCACUAGCCAUGGAUCGAUGGGGCCUCCAGUGUCGUCCUCCCCUGCGCCCGUCGGCGCAGGUAGCACCAUCGCAACCGAUGAACGCUACCCCAAUCCUCCGAUUCCUCAAUCUGCCAUGGUCCCUUCCUCGAUGCUGACACCAAUGUUCGAGUCCGUGGCCCGAGCUAGGCAGCGGCGGAGCGCGAGCGUCGCCUUUGCAGACCCCUUUGGAUCGGCAGGCUUGAGUCCAUUAGUGACCCGGACAGGUUUCACGCCUGCCACGCCGCGCGGAAGCACGAGCGGACCGAUCUUCUGGUCAGACAGCGAGCAAUUCCAGCCUCGUGCUUCGUCUUUCAACACCGAGCCACAAACACCGGCCACUGGAUUGUUGCCUUCUACUCCUUUCGUUUACCCACCUACACCUGCUGAUGUGUAUGCCUCUCACGCACGAGGCUCUCACACGUUGACUUCACAGAACCCUCGAGCAAAUGGUGGGACGCCCGACGCUGUGGAGGAGGAGGACCCUUUGCCGCAGGCGGUUCACUAUAGAUCUCAGAAAGUCACAAAAACCGCUCGCAAAUGA